UUAACAUUGGCUGCGGCAGCUAAAAAAGUCCAUGUCAUUUGGAACUUCUUUUCUCAUUUGGACAAGAUUGUCAAUGUUAUUACUUCUUCUCAUGAACGAGUUACUGAGUUGCAAUUUUCUCAUAGAAAGGAAAUUCAACAUAUGAUGGAUACCAGGGAGCUUGAAUCUGGAAGUGGGGCUAAUCAAAUGGUUAAUUUGCAACGAUCGGGAGCUACUCGUUGGAGCUCAUAUUACAACUCUAUAAAGAGCUUGAUAGAUAUGUAUGGUGCAACCAGCAAAGUGCUUCAAUAUAUUUGUGAUCAUUGUUCAAAUGGUAGAUCUCAAGCUGAAGCUCGUGGUGCUUACAAAAAGUUGGUGAGUUUUAAGUUCAUAUUUAUCUUGCAUUUGAUGCAUAGAAUAAUGAGAAUCAGUGAUGUUCUUUGUCAAGCCCUUCAAAGAAGAUCCCAAGACAUUUUGACUGCUUUAAUGUUUGUGUCUACCACUAAACAAUUGCUUCAAAAAUUGAGAGAUGACGAUUGGGAAGAAUUUCUUCAAGAAGUAAAAUCAUUUUGCUCAAAGAAUAAUAUUACAAUACCCGAUCUAAAAAGUUUGUAUAACACUGGCCGUUCUAGUGAUGAAACUACAAUUGAGCAUUAUUAUCACUAUGAUAUUUUUAAUAAAGCAAUAGAUUUUGUAACGAUGGAGUUAUAUACAAGAUUUAAUGACAUAUCAAUAUAA